AUGGAGGAGGAAAUAAAUGUUAUAGAUAAGAAUACAGAAUUCAAUAUUCCAGAAUUUGCACCUAAGAACAAUAAUAUUUAUAAUGGAAUUGAUUUAUCUGCAAUUCCUAUACAGUCACUAAUAGUAAGUAAUGAAUGGCAGAUGAGAAUUUAUGGAUAUGAGAAAUUAAUAAAUGAAAUGGAUCUAGGGGAGAAACCUAGCUUUUUAACAGAAAUGAUACCAAACAUGAUUUCAGAUAAAAAUGUUGCAGCUCAGGGUAAAGCAAUUCAAGCAAUAUCCAAGUAUAUAUUUUUAUACUGUAGUACAUCAAAUACUGAUAUAGAUUUGAGGAGAAUAUGGAAGGAAGAUUUGGUUGAUAUAUUGAUAAAAAAGACACUUUAUAAUUCUAAGACAUCUAGUCCAUCUAUCUCUUUAGUUGCAUCAAUAUUUGAGACAUCAUUAUUAAUUGAAGGAGCUACUAUAGACAGUACGAACUUUUUAUGGGAAGAUAUGAAUACAUUUUUGGAGACAAACAGGAAAGCAAAAGGAUUAGUAAUAAGACAAAUUUUAGGUAUUGUUUCACUUUAUUCACAUAUGAUUGAAAAUUAUGGUAUAGAGUAUUUACCUAUUACUCAAUGGUGCAAUAAAACUGCAUUUUUACUUGCGGAUUGUAGUGAUAAAUCUGUUAGAGAUUCUGUUUAUUCAAUUUUUGUUCUUACAUUUAGUUAUACUAAGAAUAUUGAUGGUAUUAUCCAAUUACUAAGUUCUCCUCAACAACAAGAAGUUGAGAAGAGAUGUAAUGCUAUAAUAGAAACAAAUGGAGACUCAUUUGCUACACCUUUAAAAAAAGAAUUUCUUGCAAAGUUACAAAGUAAUAAGAAUUUGAAUAGUGAGAAAUUGACAAAGAAAGGAUAUUUGGAACAAGGAACGAAUAAACUUAGUUCAGUAUAUGAUACCAUAGAAGCAGUAGAUGUAAUUCAUAUGUUACCAAAUAAUUGGUUAAAUAUUGUCGGAUCUAAGGAAAUAAAAUGGAAUGAGAGAAAAGCUGCUGUUGAUCAAUUAAUUCAGUUAUGUGAAAAAUAUCCUAAGCUAGCAAUUUCACAAAAUGAUAAUCCAAAGGCAAGUAAUAAUCAGAAUACAAGUGGUUCAAAUAGUGGGAAAGGGAAUUCACCUCCAAGUUUGAAUGAUUUCCAGAAUAUGUUUUCAAUUUUUCAAAGAAUGCUAAAACUAGAAAGUAAUAUAGCCUUAUUAGUUUCAUUAUUACGUUUAAUUGGAAGUUUAUCCAAGGGUUUGCGUGGAAGAAUCAGUAAUAUUUUGCGUCCAACAGCUGUACAGAUAAUGGUUAAAUUAAAAGAUCAAAAUAGGAGUAUUUGUAAUGAGGCUGUAAAUUCUUUGAUGGCUAUACUAACAUAUUCUUGUACUCUAGACCAACUUUACGAAGAUUUACAUAUAUGUGGUUUAAAAGCUGCUCCAGCAACAGCUAAAUGUUCAGCAAUGAGCAUUUUUUUAAAUUUGAUCGAUAUGGUUAUAGAAAAGAAGGAUUUUCCUGAAAAACAUUUAAAAGGAUUUAAAAUGUUAGUGAAUGAUAUACCUCCACUUUUAGAUGAUGCAUCUGCUCAAGUUAGAUCUUCUGCUUCUGUAAUUUUAUUAAGGCUAAGAGAUCCUAUAUUUGGGUCUACCAUAAAUUCGAAUGCUAAUAAGAUAUUUGAUAGUUUAAAUAGUGCAAAGCAAAAACUUUUGGAAGAUACUAGAAAGAAACUGAGGAUUUCUGAAUUUACUACUGUAUCGGAUAUUACAAAUACUGAUGAACAACAGGAACUUCAAGAAUUUCCUACAGUUAUAACGAAAUCAGUUUCCUUGAACUCAAGACAAAUUCCGAAUUGUACAAAUGUAGCAAAUAUUAAGAAUUCGUCUCAGGUUUCUGGACUAGUAAAUCUUAAAAAUUCGAUAUUUACUCAAAGUACCUUAACUACAACUAAUACAAGUGAUAUAUCUUCACUAAAUUUGACUGGUUCUAAUUCUCAGAAUACAAAAAAUCCAACUAAUUUAAAGAAUUCUAAAAUAAUGAAUACAAAUAUAAAUUCACAAAUAGCACUAAAAAAACCCUUUAAAUUAUCUUCACCCAAAAAGGCUGAAGAGACAGUGCAAAUGAAUUCUUUGAAUAAAUCUCAUUUACCAGCUAAUAAAUCUACUAAAUAUAUAUCACAAUCAAAAGAUAAUUCAUGCCUUGAUAAUUUAUCUCUUUCAGAAAAUUUAUCAAUAAGUGGGAAAUACUUGCAAUCAUUAUCAGUUAUAGAAACUCCAAAAACGACAAAUAUGCCAACUAUGCUACAAGCUUUAUCUUCUCAUAAUAGACAGAAUGUAGAUUUUAAAGAAAGUAUCGAUACUAAAAUUAGUGAAAAAUUGUCAUGUACAUCAGAUUAUAUUUCAAAAAUGAAAUCACUAAAAAUAGAAGAUACAACUCGCUCAGUAGUUUAUAUAGAUCAGAUUGAUAGCCAACUGUGCAUAUAUACUAAUUCCAGCUUUGAUAAUAAUUUAUUAAUGAAUAAUUCAGAAAUUCCUCAAAAUAUUUGCAAAUAUCUUACAUCUCUAGUUUCUACAAGUUUGUUGAGUAAAAUGUUUAGUGAUAACUUGGCACUUGUAAAUGAUGCUAUCAGAUUUUGGGGUGGAUAUUUCAUGGAAGAAAAUCAAAAUGUAUCAUUAGAGAAAGUUGUAUUUAUUAAAAUAUUAUUACUAUGGUUAGCUGAAUAUACUGAAAAAAGGGUAAUUCUACAGUAUGACAAUCUUUUACUAUCUAUAUUUCAUAUUAUAAAUAAAUGUGAUAAGGCAAGUAUAUGUAAUCUUUGGACUUAUAAUGUGACUUAUAUAUUAUAUUACAUAAUAAUCAACAUCUUAAUCUAUGACUUGUUCCAAUUUCAGAAUGAUCCAGAAUUGUGUAGUUUUGAAAGUGAAAAAUAUGAGAAGAUUGGAUCUAUACUUUUACAUAAGUAUAUUCAAGUUGAAGAUGAGGAUUACAUGUAUGAUAUAAAUUCUAUAGAUAGAUCAGAAUAUUUGGAUCACAAGAAUUUUGUGAUUAGUACUAUACUAAUAAUAGCUUUGAAUAGAAAUGAGAUCAAUAAGCCUAAAGUAGCUAAUAUGUUGAAAUGCCAGAUAAUACAAUCAAAAGAUGAAACAAGUCUAUUUACAAGUUUUGGAUUAUCAAAUAUUUUAUUAUUAAUAAACAUUUACUGUGAAUCAGUAGUGCAAAAUUUAAAUUAUCCAAAUUUAGCUUUAAUUAAAGAUUUACUUUGGACUGUAGCUAAUAUUUGUGGCUAUCAAAUGUGGAAUUAUAUAGUCUCAGAGUUCUUAAGCAACUGCAAGGCUGAAAUAAUUUUAAAUAAUAUCAAUAUUACAAAUAAUAAUUCUAACACUGUAGAAAUAUCAAAAUCAUUAGAAUAUUCCAUAUCAUCUAACGGUAUUUUUACAUGUACAAAUCUUUUUACUAAAAAUAUAUUGUGGACAUUUAAUAUGCUAGGAUUUAAUAAUACACCUGGACCAAAAAAGAGAUAUAGUACUGAUUUGACUUUAACAUCACUUAUGUCUAUAUCUAUUGAAAAUACCCUUCAGUUCCAAAUAGAAAACUUAUUUAAAUUACUACCGAAAGUCCUAACAAUUGAAGAUACUUCAAUUGUAAGUUCUCAAAGUUCAAAAUUUGUACUUUUUGAACAUAUAAGAAAUAUAUAUAUACUUGGAUUUCAUAUAUUUUUCUCACUACCAAGUAUUAUGAAUCUAAAUAAAUAUCAGUUAAGUGAUAGUAAAAAGAUGGUUGCAAAUCCUUUCUAUGGGAUUAUAGAUCAUAUGGAACAAUUAUCUUCAAUUUACCAGUCUUUUUUAGUUAGAGAUGAAUGUCCUACUAAAACAGUAAUAUUUUAUGUACUUUUAAUAAUGAGUAACUAUUUUUCUUGGAAAGAAAAUAUCCAAGAUGAAAAUUUAAAAACAAAUCUUGUGACAUCAUUGAAUAAUAUAAUGGGAAACAACAUUAUUUCAGCAUAUCAACAAUAUUUACCAAAAUUAGUUGUAACGGUAUUUGAUGUCAUUCUGAAAAAUGAUAAAGGUAAAAACUACCUUAAAUUUGACAAAGAUCUUCUGCAAAGAUUAUUACCUAAGAUUUUGAGAAGGGUUAAAGCCUCUUUUAUUAAUACGUCAUGCUGGACUUCUCAUAUAUCUUCUGUUGAACAUUGUAUAGAAUGUUUGUUUGGACAAAAUGCCGACCCUAGUGAAUCUUCAAUUCUUGUUGGAUUUACUAUUGACUAUAUUGCAUUAAUACUUGAAAAUGGACAUGAAUUAUUUCGAAUGAUUAAAACAAAUGAAUAUAUACUAAAGGAUUUUAUCAAAUUUAUAAAUAGUUCUAAAGAUCAAUCUGAAUACUUGUAUAAUCAACAGAAAGUACAAUAUAUUCAAUCAUUUAUGAGUAUACCAACGAAUUAUACACUAGAUAAGCAAUAA